AUGGUGCGUGAGCGUGUCAACUCCAUCCGGCCUGGGAUAACCGAAGGGGGCCCUCGCCCCAUAGACGGGACAAUCACUUUUCCACGAGUAGACCCCACACGGAUAUUAUGUCCGCACCGUGAUGCCCUCAUUCUAUCCUUGGGGAUGGACAAAUUCGACAUAAGACGCAUCUUAAUUGACCCAGGCAGCUCAGCCGAUCUGGUACAAGCAUCGGUCAUAAGCCACAUGGGACACAACUUAGUUGGUCUCGAAAACCCUGGAAGAAUCCUGUCCGGAUUCAAUGGGGCAUCAACUAUUUCCUUGGGAGAUAUUGUGCUGCCAGUCCAAGCUGGCCCAGUCACUCUCAACGUUCAGUUUUUGGUGGUACAAGAUUUAUCACCCUUCAACGUUAUCUUGGGCCGCACAUGGCUGCACUGCAUGAAAGCCAUCCCCAAUACAUAUCAUCAGAUGGUAAGCUUUCUUACCGAGGAUGGGCAAAUCAACCUAUACGGCAGCCAGCUAGCCGCUCGCCAAUGCUACCAAAUAGCAAGAGAAGCAAGGACCAGUCAGGAGAAUGAACCCCUCCCUGAGUCCACCCACGCACUUGAUCAAUAG